AUGAAGGCUUUCAUUGUGCUAGAUGAUGUGGCUGAUUCACAAAUUGCAACUGAUUUGAUUCAACUGCUUUGUAAUUGCCUAAAUUCUGGUAGUAGAAUCAUUUUGACAACAAGAGACAGAAAUGUGCUUUCAAGUGGAGGAGUUGAAGCAAUUCAUGAGGUGAAGGAAAUGAAUUUUGAAGACUCCCUUAAAGUUUUUAGCCAUAAUGCCUUUAAUGAUUCUCAUCCUAAAGAGGAUUAUUAUGAGCUAUCAACAAGAGUCGUAGCAGAUUAUGCCAAAGGAAUACCAUUAGCAUUAAAAAUUUUGGGAUCAUUUCUUCGGGCCAUCAGCAAAAAAAGUGAAUGGGAGAGUGCAUUGAGAAAACUAAAAAAGUAUCCCAAUGCAGAUAUUCAACAAGUGUUGAGACUGAGUUAUGAUGCAUUAGAUGAUGAUGAAAAAAACAUCCUUUUAGAUGUUGCAUGCUUUUUUGACAGGCAUAAAAUAGAAAAAGUAACAAGAAUAUUAAAUUCUUGUGGUUUCUUUGCAGACAUAGGAAUAAAAAGCCUAUUGGACAAGUCUCUUAUAAGUAUUCAUUCAAAUGGUAAAUACAUAAAAAUGCAUAGCUUGAUACAGGAAAUGUGUUGGAAAAUCAUUCAUGAAGAAUCUAGCGAAAAUGGUGGUCGACAAAUAAGACUGUGGAAUACCGAAGAAGUCUGCAAGAUUUUUCAAGAUGAAAGAGAUAUUCAUAGAGUUGAAAGCAUGAUUGUGGAUAUGAAUGAAAUUACAAUAGAUCCAUGUAUAAUCAUCAUUGCAUUAAGGAAGAUGCCAAAAUUAAGGUUGCUUGCUUUCAGAGGAAACAUCAAUAUAGAUCUUGAAUGGAACAGAGUGUUUGUAGAGGAUUUUCAACUUCCUAAUGACUUAAGGUAUAUUGAGUGGAAUAAAUGCUCACUUAAGUUUGUGCCGUCUAUUUGUUGGCCUCAAAAACUUGUUCAACUUUCUAUGCGAGGUAGCAAUGUUCAAAAACUUUGGGAUACAAUACAGAUGCUACCAAGUUUGGAGAAGAUUGACCUCGAUAGCUGCAAAGGUUUGAUAGAGUGUCCAAAUUUAGCAGGUGUCACGAAUCUCAAAAAAAUAUCACUCUAUGGUUGUGAAAGUUUACAAGAUGUUCAUCCAUCUAUUUUCUCUCUCCCCAAGAUUGAAGAAAUACGUUUGGAAUAUUGCAAGGAGCUGAAGAGGCUUUACAGUGAUUAUUGUUCACCCUCUCUCCGUUGCGUGCGGGCCAUUGGUUGCUCGAAUUUGCAAGAGUUCUCAAUCCCAAUGAUAGGAAAUCAUUCCAAAAGCUUAUAUUUAUCGUCCUCAGCUUUGAGUGAAGUGUCAUCCACUAUUAUGCAUCUCAAAAAUCUUACCACGUUCGGUAUUAACAUCAGUUACUCUCUUGAAAAACUUCCUCAAAACUUUGCGCGCACAAUUACACUCAUGGAUCCAAUAAAACAUGAAGACGACACAUGCAUUAUUUUAAGUAGAAUAUUGCCCACCCCUGUCUUCUUGUCUCUCAAUCAAUUAUCUUUCUACAAAUGUAAGAGCUUGUCUAAACUCCCAAACAACAUUCAUGUCUUACAAUCAUUACAAGUAUUAAAACUGCAAAGUUGUCAUGUCAUUACACGUUUGCCAAAAAGCAUUAAGAAUCUUCGAAAGCUCAUAAAACUUUUCAUCGAUGAUUGUAAAAUGCUUCAAUAUGUACCUCCACUUCCCCCAUCUAUUAUAUACUUUGCUGCAAGAAAUUGCAAAUCUUUGAAGACAAUCUCAAGUUUAACAAGUGAACCACCCAAAACAUGCAGGGCAUCCUUUAAAUUCUAUAACUGCACAAAGUUGAAUGAGGAUGCAUAUGAAGCAGUUUUGAAAGACUUGAAAUUCAGGAUAGAACUUGCGGCAAGUAAUGGAUGUUCGAAUAUACCCUUCUACUAUUUACCAAGUAAAGAGAGCAUACUUAAUGAUUGGUUCCCUCACUACUACUCUACAGAAACUUCAAUCACUGUGGAAGUUCCUUCAGAUCACAAGAUUUCUUCUUGUCUUGUUCAACAAACAUUUGAGAUUCAGGUGUGCAUGCUACUUAGAAAAGGGUUGCAACGAAUGGGAAUGGAUAGCAACUUCUGGCAAAACAGUACACUUGACCGAUCAUAA